AUGUAUUGAUUCAAGGGACUUCUGUGUUUUAUUACUUCCGCUUCCGUUUUUUCGACGGAAUAAGUUUAUCAGUGAUUUUAAUCAGUGUAAACGAAUGAAAAAUUAUUAAAAGACUUUUCCGAAUUACUUCGCUUUCAUCUCCUUGUCUUGCUCGGGCCUUGGUCAAGUUAUUACAAAAAUGAAUAAAUUCAAUGAACAUAAUUAUGAACAAAUAAGGAAGGAAGUAAGGAAGUUGUACUCAUUGAUGCUCACUUGAUUAUUUUUGUGAUUUGUACCUCUUUUGAAAGAAUUUAUGAAGAAGGAGCCAUGAAAUUAGGAAAAGAAAUAAUCGUCGUUUUUAAUUUGAUAUAUUUUACCAUGGGCAGACUAGCCGCCCUGCAGUAUAAGGCAGUUUCACAGUCCUCGGUGCCUGGCAAAACGGGAUAUUCUGCGGAUGCAUCCUUGGCUGUUGACGGAGAUCCCUACACAUUUACUCUCACUGGGGAUGGCGUGAAUAACUACUGGAAGAUAACUUUUGACUCAGAAAGGACGUUCUCCUGUUUUACAAUCAUCAUCAGAUCAGGUCAAUAUUCUUUAUCCGUUAAUACAGAUGAUGAACUCGAACAGUAUUGCAAUAAUUUCACCGCAAAGGUUAAUGUCUCAAAGAACAAUAUCACAAAGUGUUGUUUUAAACAACUGAAAGGAGAUUCUUUAACCAUAACCAGAACAGAUCAGGGAAGACUUCGACUGUAUGAAUUCUCUUUCAAAGACUGUAAAGAGAACCAAUAUGGUGAAAGGUGCAGGAAAUGCAACAAAUCCUGCAGAACUUGUGACCAAGCAAACGGCUCCUGCUUGACUUGUGUUAAUUCUUCCUGGUAUGGUAAAUCCUGUGAUAAAAAAUGUCCAUAUAACUGUUCUGAUGGAAAGUGUGACAUAACUGAUGGAGCAUGCAGUUCAUGUUACCCAGGAUAUCAUGGACAAACGUGUGAACCGUGUGAUAUUGGACGGUAUGGUGUAAAUUGUAACAGGUUUUGUAGUGACAAGUGCAGAGGACCUUGUGUGAAGGAAACGGGUGAUUGUUUUGAAUGUAAAUCAGAGCUCUUUAAACCGCCAUCUUGUUUGAGACGCAUCGAAUCCACUACAAAGUCUUUGGAUUGUAAUAAAUGUGACAAUUGUGAUAAUAGGCAGAAAUGGGAUAAAUGUAAGACUGAAAUUCAAACAAACUGUUCAAACUGUAGAAGUAUCAAUUGUUCAUCAUGUUCAGAAAAGACGUGUGAUUUAAAUGUGAAUAAGACUUGCUCCGCUUGCCCUCAUUUUUGCGUUUUGUUUAAUAAAACCAUAACAAUGGACACUACAUCAAUUACAACAUCUCCUUCUCCAUAUGGAAGCCAGGAAACCAACGACCAGUUAUUGGCAGUGUUGUUCGGAAUGAUAAUCUUGGUGCUACUUCUUAUUCUUCUACUGAUUAAAAGAUUAAAGAUAUUAAGAAAAUCAGAGAUCACCAGAGUCUUAGAUUCACAGGAACCCAGAGAAGAGCAGCCACUUAAUCUUGCUGUUCCACAGAACAUUCUAGGAAACGAAGCCAACACGAUAUUUCUGGAAGAAAUAACUCAGGCAGACGACAUUGUUCUUGAUGAAAUUCAAAGACUAGAUGUGGAAUAUACUAAUACCAUAGCUCAUAGGAUCCCGGUGGACAAGUUCAUCGAGUAUCACAGUAUAAGACGAGAAAACAACAUCUUUGAAGAAGAAGAAUUCGCGAAAAUUCCGACUGGACUAAUGGAACUAUAUACAGAGGCUGUAAAGAAAGAGAAUAUCUGUAAAAACCGUUAUAGAUACGUGUAUCCUUAUGACUUUUGUAGGAUUGUACUUAGCACUUCCGAAGAACAAGGAAGAAAUGACUACAUUAAUGCUUGUUACGUUGAGGGUAUCAAUGGCGAUCCUACCUAUAUUGCAGCACAAGGACCAUUUACUCCCGCAACAUUGGUUGAUUUCUGGAGGAUGACGUGGCAGGAAAACAGCUCAAGGAUUGUGAUGCUGACAAAUCUGUUUGAAGGCGAUCAUAUGAAAUGUCUGAAGUAUUGGCCUGAGGACGAAGAUACGUUUGGUGAUCUUGUAAUUCGAUUGGAAUCACAGGACAUUUAUGAAAAAUAUACAAUUAGACAUCUGGUUGUGCAGCAAGCCAAGACUGAGGAUAUCAACCCAAACGAAAAUACUAAAAAAGUGACCCAGUUUCACUUCACCGGCUGGCCGGAUUGUGGAGUUCCGUCCGAUGUUGAUAGUCUUCUGUGUUUUCGGGACCUUGUAAAAAAUGGCCGACCGGAAGCUGACGGUCCAAUAAUUGUCCAUUGUAGCGCGGGUAUAGGUAGGACUGGUACAUUUAUAGCUCUGGAUUAUUUGUUGGAAGAAGGAGCUACAAUGGAAAGUGUGGACAUCAUCAACUGUGUCUCAAAACUCAGACAGCAAAGAGCACAUUCCAUACAAACUAAGGCGCAGUACAUCUUUCUCUAUGACGCACUUGCACAGGGAUUGAAGAAUAUUAGAAGAAAGUCGUUAUAUCAACUUGUCGAUGAAAUUUGAAAAUCAGAACCACGACGCAUUUUUAGUGGAGCUCGUUUUAUUUAUGUGAAUAUAUUUGUUUAAUCAUUGCUUU